AUGUACGUUCGUCUGGCGCUGCUGGUCUUCCUCGGCCUGGCUGUCUAUGCCUCCGCUCAGUUCCAAGAUGUGCACUCCCUCAAGGGACCUUUCACCCUGCCCUUCUGGAGCAUGCAAGGAAAUGCGCAAGUGACGGAGAACUUUGUGCGGCUUGCCGAGGACCGUCAGAACAAGCGUGGCUCGCUCUGGAACGUUGUGCCCAACAUGUUCGCCAACUGGGAGGUCACCUUCUCCUUCCGCAUUCACGGCGUGAGCACCUAUGGUGCUGAUGGUCUGGCCUUUUGGUACACGGAGAAGAUCGACAAGGCCGGCUCUCUGUUCGGCAACGAUGAGUACUUCAAGGGCAUCGGCAUCGUCGUCGACACGUACGACAAUGACGGCGCUGGCGUGCACCCCUAUGUCAUGCUGUUGCAGAACGACGGCACCAAGAAGUUCAACCCCGAGCACGAGCACGGCGUUCACAAGGAGCACGACGAGGGCGAGCUGGAGCUGGGCGGAUGCACCCUCCACGUGCGCAACCUCGAGACGCCCUCCACUCUCCGGAUCACCUACUUCAACCACAGACUCACCGUCGAGGCGUCGUUGGAGGACGGCGCCUUCACGCGCUGCAUCGACGUCAACAAGAUCGACCUGCAGCCCGGUCACUACUUCGGGUUCACUGCGGCCACCGGCCAGCUUGCCGACAACCAUGACGUUCACCGUUUUGUUGUGCGCGGCCUGGAUCCCCAGGGCAAGCCCCAGGAUCUGCCCGUCUGCGGAGAGGGCAGCAACGUGGGCCGUGCGCUGAGCCAGGUGCAGCACGAGCUCGCCGAGUCGAAGAAGCAGCUCCAGACCCUCUUGGACAAGCUCUCCUCUGGCGCCCCUAUUGAGGGCAGGCAGUCGGAGACCGGAGCCGUUGCUGACCCCCAGCUUCAGACCAACGUGGCGGACCUGCGAAGGACCGUUGAGAGAAGCAACCAGGCGCUCGAGACCAGGCUGCACGACAUUGAGCGUAAGGUCGUCUCGGCGUCGACCUACGCCAAGGAGGCCGGAGAGGCCGCUGGCUCGUCGCUGCUGUCGUGGAUCACCAGCAUCGUCCUCCUCGUCACUUGUGGUGCCGUCCUCUACUUCCAGUACAAGGCCCACCUGCACCGCAAGCAGAAGUUCUUCUGA